AUGGCUAUUCUAGGGUUUCUUAAGGAAAGAAUUCUUAACCGGGUAAGAAGCUGGAACUCCAGAUUUUUGUCACGAGCUGGUCGGGAGGUGUUGUUGAAAAACGUGUUGCAGGCAUUGCCAUGUUUUGCAAUGAUGGUUUUUGCAUUGCCUAUCACCCGGUGUAAAGAGAUUAAAGUGUUGCUAAAUCAGUACUGGUGGAGUGGCUCUAUGGCGAAUGCAAGGGGUAUAAGGUGGAAGGCAUGGCAGGCAGUGAGUGUACCGAAAGCUAAGGGUGGACUCGGGUUUAGGCGAUUAAGGGAAAUGAACCUUGCCCUGUUGGGCAAGCAAGCGUGGCCCCUAUUAACAAGACCAGAUUCUCGGGUGGCAAGAGUGUAUAAAAGCAGGUAUUAUCCUCACACUAAUCUUCUUGAUGCAGUGCCUGGGUCAAAUCCGUCUUAUGUUUGGCGUGGGAUUAUGGAGGCAAAGCAUGUAGUUGGUAGAUGGGCACGACGGAGCAUAGGGAACGGACGAGAUACUAUCAUUGGGUCUGAUCCGUGGCUAACAACAGAUGAGGAUCCUUAUGUGUGA